AUGGAAACUCAACCAGGAGAAGAGUGCGUUGUCGCCACGAUGAACAGUCUUUGCAAAUCCACGCCUUCAAGUUUGCUGGAGAAGAUGCCAAUCGAAGUACUUUUCAUGAUUGCAUCACAGCUCACCUUCCGUGGUGUCAGAGUCGCUACCUUGGUAUCCAAGCAACUUCGAUCAGCCCUCAUGCCUCUGAUCUUCAACAAGAUUAUACUCUCUGGCGACUUCAAAGCAUUAUCUCGCGAGAUGAGAUCUAUUCUAAACGGUGAACUGAGAACCUUCACGAAGCGAAUUCUCCCCUAUGCGAAGGUUGUUACUAUCCGCAUCGAGCCUUGCAGCGUUCACGACAUUGUUUCCGACUCUCAUCUCUGGGCAAGCAGAAUCGCGGUUCUUAGCGAAUUCAUUUCCAAACUGUCAUGUGUCGACGCCAUAGACUUUGCUUUUCGUAAUCAUUUCAGCUUCUCUCGGGUGGUUCCCCAUUCUUUUGACGAUCUUCACCUCCAGAGUGUACUGGAAUUUUUGUCCAACACGCCCAAGUGGGAUGGGCCAAAGACCGUCAUCUUUUCUGGUCAAAGGAACCGCCCGAGCUUCACUACCAUAAUGCGUCAAUUCACUCACGAUAGCGUCAAGGCAGUUCAUCUUCCUCGUACAACCGCAUGGGGUCAUCGCGCAGCCCUACAAUCAACAAUGCCCUCGCUAAAGGGUCUGAAGUACGAUCUUACCAGGAUUCCUCUCGAAUCAACGACUCUUGCCUGUAUCGACCAAAACACUCUUCGAAUGAUACACCAAAGCCUUCCGCACCUUCAUUCACUAGUUAUUUACCAACUGGACAGAGAUACUUUCGUGUUGGAACACAGUCCGGUUACGAAGAAAACGAGGCUGCCUAAUUUUAGUGACCAGGUUGCACAGCUCAUUGGGCGCCUCAAGGAAAUGCAGCAAUUGCGACGUUUCGCAUUCGCGUUCGACAAAAAGUGGAUGAUUCAGGAGUACAGCCCGGAAGCUUUGCUCGAGCUCAAUGCAAGAUUGCGCCAGGCUGAUUCGGCCCCUUCUGCUUCCGAGGACAUUGAUUGGACCCAUUAUCACACAUCUAGAGCCCAAGAUCAUGAGUGGCAUUCAAAUCUCGUUACUCAUAUCCUCGACGCCGUUCCGCAGCUCAAGGAGCUUUGUGUCCUCCCACCUGGCUCAAGAUUCUAUCGAGGCACUAAGAAUGAGGGCGUCGUCUCGUUUCGUCGAAUCAACCCAGGUGAUCCGGGAGAGGAAUCUCGAUUUCCUAACCGUUUGCUGGAUUAA